AUGUCGCCUUAUGGUAUCCCGGAUCCGCCACCAGUGGUCCCUCAUGGCUUCAACACAGAGAACUAUGUUGCACGACUAAAUUGCGUCGCGAAUCGAUUCGAAAUACAUCCUCGCUUACGAGGCCAAUACUCGCAGCUUGCUUCGAUAGAUCCCAUCGUUAGAGGAGAACUAAAAGUCGGUCCGCCCAGUCGAGUUUCAGAUUGGCAUCCUCUGCUAGAGAAAUGGGGACUUCAAGUUUUCUCAGCGGCUGGCUUUAUCAAUAGUACAGCUUAUGGUGGAUUUGGACAGGGUCAAAUGCCUGAAGGCCGCCUUACUGCAGCUACGGGUCACGGGCCAAUCCAUCCUCUCCUCAGAGAAGAUAUGUGGCAGGGGCUUCAGCGCGGCGAAUACAGUCUCAUGGAACCCGCGAUGCGUUUAGCUUCCGCCAUUCUCGACGACCCCGAAACUCUACGCUUUUUCGCUGGACUGAUGGUUCCCAGCGAUCAAAUGCCGUAUGUGAACCUUCCACACAUCGGUAGAUGCCCUCGCUUUGUACCGAGCCCGCCACUUGAUGUGAAUGCACAAGCAGACACAUACAAGAAACUCUUGGAUGUGCGCAGCUAUAUGGCAUGGGGUUUGGUGGAUAUGGAAAUAAUGAUAGAUACACACUUUGCUUUUGGGCUUACGAGGCCGGGACUUGAUGGCAACGGCAUGGUUUGUGACGGCGCAAGAGGGCCUGGAACUCGAUCGAGUGUCAUUUUGAUGAGCCGAGGCUACGUUGACGCAGUGCGAAUGUACGUUGAUGCUGAUCCAACACGCACUGGAUUAGCUAGGUUUGUCAACGACACACAACACCUUGCUUCAAUACCUCUGGAGGACAGGAUCAACAUCGAAGAGGAGUCGGCCUUCGCACGCAGCACAAUUUUGUUCGUGGACACACUGAUUCAUGAACUCACGCAUGCGAUCUGUGGUGCCUACUUCGAUAUAGGUUUGAUCAAGACCUCUGGUAUGCCAAAGCAUAGUCAGGUCUACGAGCCCUUUUUCGGCGGUGACCGUUGCAACGAGACUGGGCAUGCCAUGUCAUCAUACCUUUGGCGGGGGAAUCCCCUCGGAAUAUGCUAUUGGAACAUGCCCCAGGAUGUUACGUCCCUUUGGACACAACAGCACAUUGGCCCGCUGGGGCUCUGGUGGGCUGACAAAUGGGACAGAUGGAUCUUCGAUAAAGGCAACGUCGGUGUCAAACCAAGAGCUAUGGAUGCCGUCGACAUCGGCUCUCUCGAACGUAUCACACCAGUCCCUCAAGCGCACGUCAACAAGAUGUUUUCGAAUCAAUUGUGGCAUGAUGAGAUUCAUCGUUUUGGCCUGGAUGCUAUUCGGAUGCCUGAGAUGCACGACUGGUCAGCAAUGUGGACUCCCUUGGGGAUAAUCAAGGGCGCCUGGGGUACUGGACCGGAUAGGUGGAACGAUGGACCGGCGCCUGCUCCUGUUCCUCCAGCUCCUGCUCCCCCAUCUCCCAGUACUGAUAGCGAACCGGGCGGCGUCCCUUUGUGA